AUGGAAGAGGGUGGGAAGGGAAGAGGUAUUGGCGGUGUUUGGUUUGACUGGGGGUGUCAUGGGAGAAAAGGUGGUGGUCGGAGGCUUUGGGAUAUCAUGAAUAAAGAAAGUGAUAAAGGUGGAUGGAGCACCGAAGGGGCAUGUAGCCUUGCGAGUCUGUUCAGGACAUUGAUUCCUGGAUGCGGUGAAUCUAUAGUUGCCAAAUGGCAGGAAACAGGCCACAAGAGGCGUGUUUGGAGGAAACGUGAUUCCCAAUUUUCUCCUUACCUCCGACAACAUCGAAAAGGAUUCGAGAAUAUGCCCACAAAACGUCAAGAUGAAGAUCAACAAGCACACAACAUCUCUCCAUCAACAGCGUAUUCACAACCUUGGUGGCAUGGAAUUGGAAAUGGCGUGAUGUCUUCUUUUGGUGAAACAAAUGGUGUUAUCAAGUUCGGAGAUAAAUUACAAACCACUAGUGAUGAUGCUGUUGAAGAUACAGAUUCCCCCAGUGGAAUCAACAUUUCUGGAUUGAACAUCAACAAUUGCCAAGAACAGGAACAAGUCAAACAAGUUGAAACGAGUUCACUAAUGGAAAUUAUGUUGACAUCUAAUUUGUAUCAGGAUCCACAUUAUUCAGGAAGGAUGACUUAUGGAACACAGACACAUCCAAAUUUACAUAGAAUGCCAUUACCCCUUCAAAUGGAAGAGGAGCCUGUUUAUGUAAAUGCAAAACAAUACCAUGGGAUUCUAAGGAGAAGACAAUCAAGGGCAAAAGCAGAAAUGGAAAAAAAAGUGAUUAAAUCCAAAAAGCCUUAUCUUCAUGAAUCGCGACACCAACAUGCUAUGAGAAGGGCUCGGGGUUGUGGGGGCCGCUUUCUGAAUACAAAAAAGGUCAGUGAUGACAUGGACACAAAUUCUGUACAACAAAAGGAGCCAAAAUCAGGUGUAUCUAAUUUCCAUGGAAGCUCUUCAAUCUUUGAAGAUAUGCUUAAAAGAAACUCUUCCUCAAAUGACAACAAUGAUGAUCAUCAUGAGACCCCUAUUACAAAUGAGAAAAGGGGUGAAGUAGAUGUUGUUUUCCCUGUGUGUGAGUGUUAACUGGCAAUUCAUUCUUGGCUUUGGUUACUUACUUGAAGGGUUAUUAAUGGUGAAGCGUUGAUAAUCUUUUGUGCAAUAUGGAGUUGUACUAUGUACGAAGAAGUUGUACAUUUUGGAAUCUCAAAACAAUGUUUUUUUUUUUUUUUAAAUACUUGAAAGGUAUGGUUUGCGGAUGACCUCAUACACUAGCUGCUCAGCAUGUUUGGAACUGGUGAUUUUUAUUUCUUUUGAACUGUAAUCGUGGACUUGCCCUAAAGAAGCUCAUAAAUUCGUAUGAUUUCCCAACAAGGAUUCCAAUGUUCAGACUUAAA